GGGUUGAAACGUUGCAAUCCCGCUGACUUCAGGAUUGCGGGGUUGAUAGGACGAUCCGACACAACUCUCCGCGGGCAGCUGAAGCACAUCCGAGAACGGAGCCAACGAUGAACAUGUUGGCCUAGGAAAGAGCGAUAGUCACGAUGUGUGCGAUGGAGUAUCGAUGGGGUUUGCGAGUGACUUAGUAGUAAUCCGAGGGAUGGACUUUGAUGUAGUGCGACUCGAUUGAUGAAUAAACACCAGCUAAGAUCAACUCUCGCACUGAACUUACAGCACUUUACUGAUCAUCAAUUCCAGCAAUUUUAGCAUAGCAUACUUACAGUACCUACCACCAUGUCCUCCGCAAAGACCCCCGUUCUCACCGAUAGGGCACCCAAGCCCCUGCCCGGCAUCUACAGCCAAGCCAUCAUCGCCAAUGGUAUGGUCUUCUGCUCUGGCGCCGUUCCCAUGGACCCGGUGACUAUGCAAAUCAUCGACGGUGACGUCCAAGCACACACGCACCAAUGCAUUAAGAACCUCACCGCGGUUUUAGAAAGAGCAGGUACAACGAUUGAUAAGGUGGUCAAGGUUAACGUUUUCCUCUCGGAUAUGGACAACUUUGCUGCGAUGAACGAGGUUUACUGCACUUACUGGGGCGAUGUAAAGCCUUCGAGAACUUGCGUUGCGGUCAAGACCCUUCCUCUUAAUGUUGAUGUUGAGAUUGAGUGCAUAGCUGUCUUGUAAAUUAGGGUGAUUAGAACAAGUAGACUUACAAUGCAGAAUCAUCAAGUAUCAGAUUGAG